AUGGAGUCGCAGGGGGAUCUGCAGGCUGCUUCCACCUACAUCAAUAAUGUCUUACUAGCACGGGGUCUGGUCAAGAGCGGCCGACCGAUCGAUUUUGCGAACCCGGAGAAUGAAGAAGGCGGGGUGGCCAACACCAUGGCCAGGAUCAUCAACUUGGUGAAUGACUUGGUUCUGCGACGAGAUCGCGAAUCAGAGCAUCGAGAGAAUCUAGCUACGACGAUUCGGACAUUGCGAGCGGAGGAUUCCCAUAAGGCGGUGGAGAUUGAAAAACUUCAAACCAAGAAGUCCGAACUGUCGCGAUCGCUUGCGCUAGCUGAAGCACAAGAACGCGCGCUUAAGACCAACAUGUCGAGCGCAGAGGCAACCAUCCGAGGAUUAAAAGACCAAGUCCAGCGCAUGAAGACGAACGUGCAACAAGUCCGAUCCCAGUGCGCCAACGACAUCCGCAAGCGUGAUCUCGAGCUACAGAAACUGAAGGCUCACCUGGCGGACCGGCAACGAGGGAAGCGGGAUGGACUGGGUGUGACAACUAUCAACAUCAACCCCGCCGCUAGUCAGUCGUCGAGAAGAUAUCUGUCAGGGGGCGAGGGGGUGCAUGAUCCGGGAUAUAGCUUGAAGCAGGAAACGAACGAGUUCCUUACGCAAUUGCUGCAGAACCUCAGCGACGAGAACGACUCCCUCAUCUCCCUUGCGCGAAACACUGUACAUACCUUGAAGGACUUGCAAGGGUUGUCGUCGGAAGAAGAUGCAGCUGCUGAAAACGGAUACUCGCAGGGCGCAGCUAGUACAGCCCAGAGGUCAACUUACGGUGGCCAUGCUGCCACAAGUCUACCCGCAUCAUGCGAAGAACUAUCCAGCGAGAUGGAGCAAGUGCUGGAGCAUCUACAAACACUGCUCACGAACCCGUCGUUUGUUCCAUUGGAAGAGGUCGAGGUGCGCGACGAAGAAAUCAAACGUCUGCGCGAAGGCUGGGAGAAGAUGGAGAGCCGGUGGAGGCAAGCAGUUACGAUGAUGGAUGGCUGGCACAAGCGGAUUGCACAUGGGGGAGGUUCCGUCAGAGCGGAAGAACUCCGCAUGGGCUUGAAGCUCGAUGUCCAUGUCGACCCAAGGCACUCUCACAUCAGAGACAGCGACGUUGCUAUGCCGUCGCCGAUCUUCGAAGACCAAGAAGACGAAGAUAAUGAAUACUUCGGGGCAGAGGCGACAGAGGCAGAGCCAGAGCCAGAGCCAGAAGACGACACACCCGCUUCAGAGGAGCAACCACAGUCCAGUUCUAGUCGAGCCCUGAAAGAGCGGACCGAUAAUACCGCGUCAUCGAAACAACCAGCACGGAAAGAGGUAGCCUUUUCAGAAAAAGGGCGCAAAUCCUCGUCCAAACAAAAGCAAGAAGAGGACGACACGGUGCCAAUCAAAGCCCAUCAAUCCGAUGCCGUAACAAGGCGGCCAUCAAGGAAGCGAGUUGAGCCUAAGGGACCGCGUCCAGCCCCUACGCGGAUGAGCGUAUCCCAGAAACUGGCAGCCGCCGAACACGAGGCACGCGCAGCAGAAAAGGCGCGCCGAGAGCAAGAGAGUCGAAAGAGGAGUCGCGGUGGUAAAGUCACGCGAAAGAAGACAGGCGAUCGGCGACGGAGCACGCUGACAAGCGAUGAGCUGGGGGAGCUGAUGGGGAUGAAGUAG